AUGGGAUUUAAAAAGGCUGAUGGAAAAAGGGAAUUUCAUCAUUCCAAUUCAUUGACAGGUUCUUCACAAGUGCACCCUCCAGAUGACUUAGCAGAUGUGGCUGCCGUAAACCCUGAUGCUGAAGGCCUAACUUCGCCUGUAGAAUCCCCUGCAGUUAUCGGCCGUGUGCCUUCUCCUGCUCCAAAGAGCUACCAAGGAAACAUUAUCCGUCCACAACCAAGAGCAGCCACACCACAGCAAAUCGAACCUUAUUACCUGCAGCAAAGAGAAAAUUGGCAUCAAACACAGUAUCAAGUGGCAGGCUAUGUAAUGCCUAAUCAACAGCCACAAGUUCAGCCGCAUGGUCAAGCACCUCCUGGUCACUUUAUGCAAUCUUCCUUUCAAUCCCCAGGCCAAGCUACUCAGCAGAUUCAAGGGCAGUAUAUACCAUACCCCUACCAGCACCCCGAGCCUGAUAGGGUACUUGUGUUUAGUAAUGAGGUUGUUGCAAGAUCCCAUUAUACAAGUGUCCUGACUAAAACCGAUCCCUUGCCUCCAUCAGCCUUUUAUACAGGUAAUUCGUUCAAAUAGCAGUGACAUAAAUCAAUUAAUAACAGGUUUUUCUUAGCCUGAUAAAACAGCUUACUUUUCACAACACCGCCACUUGUUUCCCUUCAAAAUGAUGUCUGAGGAUUGAGUGGAGAAAUUCCAUACUGAUUACGUGUCACAACCAAGAUCUGGGAAGUGCUUCUGAUGGGUGGUGCACUGAUGGAAAUUUGCUUCAACCAAUCAAAAGCACUACCCAGGAUGGAUCAUGAGAAGUGAUAUGUCAUCAGUAUGCAAUUUCUGUGCUCAUUCCUUAGAUGUAAUUUUGGGGAGAAAAGCAGUGGUGGCAUUGCAAAAUGUGGGCUGUUUUCUCAGGCUACAUUCUGUAGGUUUGUCUAUCCCUUGAUACUAUAAAUUAUUUACAUGAUUAUUUGAAGAGUAAUAUCAGGGCUGACAUUUAACGCCAGUGCUUGGUGGCCAGCCAGGCCAGUUUCCUUGAAUUCUUAGUCGCCCAGGUCAACAUUAAAUGGCCCUGGAUUUCGUUGGAGGCAGCUCACAGUCAGAGAGAAAUCUCUACAUUUUUCCGGUCUUUUCAAGUUGAUUUAGUAUUCCAAACCUGUUCACAUGUGGGGGCCAAGAAGCGGCAGUGACGAAAGCAGACAGCAAAGUAUUGCAUCUCACGGAUCAGAUCACAAUUGUUUAGGGUUUAAUCCUUUUCCAUUUAAAACUGUAAAACGUUCAUAGGACUUGGAGAAAUAAUAGAUUCAGGACAAUGAAAGAAAGGUAGUCCAACUAAACAACUUGUCAUUGUAUUUUUAUUUUAAAUUCGUACUUGCAAUCCUAAUAUAAGCUUACAUUGGGCUGAAUUCGAAUUAAUAUAUUUUUUUAUCGUAGUCGCCCAUCGGGUGAUUCGACUACAAUUUUUCAUUGCCCAGCUUCAUUUUAAGUUGCCACUGGCGACCUGGCGAAUUGGAUAAUUAUUUAAAUCAGUUGAAAAAAAACUGUUUUGAUCUCUUAUCAGUGGAGCAAGUUCGUAGUGCAGGCCAACCAACUUGGGGUGCGCAUCCACCAGCUAGCCAACCAACUCCAUGGGCCUACAAUCCUACAGCUGAACCUGGAGAAGAAAGUAAGGUUCUUGAGCAUGCACUGGGAACUUGAAUUUUUGACAUUUUACCGACUUCAAAAGGGGGAAAUAAAGCUUUCCCUCCACCCUCCAUCCAUCCAUCAUCCCCUCCAUGCAAUGUUUCGCCGCUUUUCGAGCUACCUGUAGAAAACAACAAACACCCCAACUUUGAAGUGAGGGGAAGCGGAGGAGUGUGGAUUGUUUUGUUCUCUGAAGUUACCCUAUUUGAGUACAAUGUCUCAACAACUUUGUUGCUGAUUAUGUGUCUAUGCAAGUCGACAUUGGAUUAUUCCAGAAAGAACUCCACCUGCUUCCAUUUGAUGGCAAGAUUUUUUUAGCCCUGCUUCUAAAAAGACCCCCCAAAUGCUGCCUUUCUGGGUGAACUUUUUUCAUUUUUUCUUUCAAUUGGGCCAAAGCGGAAAACACCAUAAUCUCCUUUAAACUGCGGUUUGGUUGGUGCUUCAUGUGAACCUGACUUUGCAUUAUGUUUUGUUUGUUGCAUGAACUACACAUGCAGUGUAUGCAAAUUCAUAAGAAGCUGAUGCACUGCAUGUGCAAAUUGUGCAAAGAAUCAAAUAUACAUGUACUGCACAAGGUGGGUUUUCAUGAAGCACCACCCAAAUGGGAAUUUAAAGAAUAUUAUGGCUUUUUUCUUCGAGAUUUUGUUUGUUGAAGCCAAGAAAGUGUUACUAAAUAUUAUGUUAACAGAGAAAAAAAAUCUAAUGCAGAUCGAUUCACUUUCAACACACUAUAUAUCUAUCUAUACAAUUUUACAAAACUAGUUUUGUCUUAUGACAUCUUCAGACGAAACUAGUUUUUUAAAAUCGCCUAGACAAAACUGUGUCUAUAUUUUCCUUUUCUCUGUUCGCAUAAUAAUGGCAUUUUUUGCUUUGGCCAAUGACCAAUGAGCAUCAACCCUCUAUCAGAUGAGAAUUUAUGCUUGUGAUCUGUCAGGAUAGUGUUUUUUUUUUCUGGAAUAAUCCACUUGCAAAACUUACACCAACUGGUCUUUUUUUGUUCAGGGCAUAUAACAGUGCUGGCUAAAAAUGUGAUUUUACUGUAGGAUCUUGGAGGGAAGGUGAAAACCCAUCAAUCAACUAUGAUGAGGUAGAUGAAGAGCACAGCUCCAGUGAUGAAGAUGUGAAUAGCAGCAGUUCACCAGAGCCUGAAGGAAUAGAGGGGGAUCUGCCAAGGUUUGAAACUAGGCGACACAGUAGUUUAACCCCUGGGGUUACUUCUGACCAGGGCUGAGUUGUUUCCAAUGGUAGAAAAUGCUAUCCACUGGAUAAAUCUCUACCUAGUGUACCCUAAUACUCAUCUACUGGAUAGUGAUUUAUCGCAAAAUGACCCCUGUCUUUCAACUAUGCAUGGAAGAUACAAAUUAUUCUUUGUUACCCUUGAUAUGUUUAUAACCUCUACACUGUGCUCCUGUUCACUCAAGAACAGAAAAAAAGCAUAUGCACUAGCAAAUGAUACAAUGUAAUACAUACAGCCUUAAAAAAAUCCCACUGUUCAACCAUGCCCUUAUAAAGUCAUGUCACUUAUUUGUGACAUUAGAAAAAACCUACAAUGUACUCAUUUGAACAAUCAAAAAUGUAUAAGUUUUAGGCACUUUGAAAUUUAACCAUGAAAGGAUUUGCAAGGGACUCAGGGCUCAAAGUAAUUUUCGGACGUUGGCCAGGCACAAUGACCCGCAAAAGAAAUUUUUGCUUGGUCAAGUCUGGUUUUCUGUCCAGUCGAAAAUAAUAAUAAAAAAAUAAUAAUCAAAGGUGAUUGUAUUUUUACCAUGAGACAAAAUGUAAGAUUUACAGUUGAGGAUGUAGCUUUUGUUUUUCAAGAAUAGUCUGCAUGACCAGACAACAUCACCAGCGACUAAUAUGGAGCUUUUGGCUGGUCAAGACACCAUUCUGGCCAUUGAUUGACUGGUCAAUAUUUUGAGCCCUGGGAAUUUGUUGAGAAAGCCUAAAUAAUCUCUAAUUUCAUACAUGCAAAUGUACCCCAAGAAGUAAAAUGUUUUAGCACACCUGAACUUAUUUUCAUUAAAUUCAGUUUCAAUUCAGGGUCUCACGAAUUGCAUACUUUGCACACAGGAUAAGUAGUAUUGAAGAGGAAUAUGAAGAUAGCUUAUGGAGCAGAGAGCAGAUAGAGUGUUAUACAAAGCAGUUCGGAGGACUGCAACUUAUGGAGGGUGGAGUAGUCAAAGGUACAUUGUAAUUCAUUCAGAUCAUUAUGCAUUUCUGGGAAACUGCCCACCUACCCCUCCACUAAGCCAACAUUAACACCUACUUCUCACUCCAUUCAUUCCACAGUCAAACCUGUAUCAAGUGGACCUGUAAAAAGUGGUUACCCUGUAUUUAGCAGUCACUUUCUUAAGUGCCAAAAGUAAUUUCACAUAAUUUCUGUAAAACUGACCGGUAUUAAGCGGCCACCUCUUUUAAGCGGUUGCGGUCAACUUUUCCGUGAUCCCAACAAGUUGUUUUUUUAUUGUUUUUACCACAGUCACUUUGUCAACAUACAAGAGAAAUAGAUACACUGUGUAUGGCAUUCGGCGGUCUUUUACUCUAUUCCUUUUGGCACAAGAAGAGGUAGAAAAAAUUUGAGGUCAAUUUGUCAGGUUUUGGAUACUGCACAUUAAUUGCCAAACUUGUAAUAAGCGGUCUGUUGGCCAUUCCACAAUGGUUACCACUUAAAACAGGUUUGUCUGUAUUCAUUUGGCAGUGCUCCAAUCUCAACUUCUCUCAGAAUUGCCUUUUGGUGACCUAAUGCUUUUCAAUGCUUGCCCGACUUAAAAAAUACGUUAAAAUAAUUUAUGCAUUAGGUUCGGCACAUGUGAAGUUCGACGAAGUUCGCCGUUCUAUACGCGAAUCUUUGUUUAAACUUUUUGCCUUAUUAACAUAUGCUUAUCACUAUCUGAUGAUGCUAAUAACAUAAAAACUCUCAAUAUUGAAGGGGCAUAACAGUUUCAGCUAUCUCUGAAAAUUUGAGCCCAAUACACCGAAUGGUUUUGGAAAAAUUCUCUUCUAAAAACUCGAAAUUUUACGGAAAAUGUAUGGCUCAUUAACUUUUUUAUACACAGCAAUUUCACAGUUUUUGAUGGCUGAUAUUUCCUUCAAUUUCGCAUGCAAAGAGCUCAAAAAUGGCCCAAAUUUCUCAACUUAAUCAGCUCUUUCAAUUUUUGCGUUUAGUUCAUGUAUACGGCCACGCCUUCCAUGAGUUAAGUCGUAUGCUAAUGAGAAAAAAUGUAAACAAUGACGUCAGUAAUGACUCGUCUCGUCUCGCUGAAAUUGACGAGAAGCUUGAAAGACUAUCAAAGUUAACAGACGAAUUUGAAACCUACAAGAGCCGAGUUAAAUUGCUCGAAGAUGAACACAAAAGCAUGCAAGAAAGCCUCGGAAGUUCUCAAACUGAGAUAAAAGAAAUGCAAGGUUUACAAGAUAACAUCGCUGAACAACAGAAGACCACUGAAGCUUCACUUCAACGCGUCCAACGUGAACUCGCCGAAUUGCAGCGCCGUCAUAUUAAAUUAGAGUGUCACAGCCGCAGAGAUAAUUUGAAAUUCUAUGGAAUAAAAGAACGCGAGCAUGAAUCGAACGAAGACAUAGAAGAUUUAUUGACGAAAUUUUUACGUGCCGCCUUAAAGAUCCCUAAAGAAGACGAGGAAAGUAUUCAGUUCGAUAGUGUGCACAGGGUAUCAGCUCGUCGAGUAUAUCGUCUGGCACUCCGAAUUCCAAGCCACGACCGAUUAUUGUCAAGCUUUCCAGCUUCCACGACAAAGAAUUUAUUAAGUCUUUCAUCAAAAACCUUACGAAAGGCCGCAAUCUUGGAACUUCCGACGACUUUCCAAAGGAGGUAGAAGAAAUGAGGAAAAAGUUGUACCCAGUUCUAAAAGCCGCCAAGCAAGAAAAGCGUACUGCAUUUUUCAAGGUAGAAAGGCUAAUUAUAGAUUGGUCGCUUUACCGCGGCCCAGAGACAAUUGCUUUCCCUCUCUACGGACAUUUAAUGGACGUAUAA